CCCGCCCGGCCCGCGCGCGCCCCCCGGGGCCGCCCGAGGCUGAGCCCCCGCGGCGGGCCCGGCAUGGGCGGCCGCGCGCCGCUGGCCGCGCUGGCGCUGUCCGAGGCCCACGCGCGGCUGCGCUACCGGGACACGUCCCUGGCCGUGUGGCAGCAGCAGCAGCGGCAGCUGGAGGCGGGGCCGCCCGGGACCUACCUGAGCCGCAGCCGCAGCGCCUGGUACUCGCAGUACGGCAACGAGGCCAUCCUGGUCCGGGACACCCGCAAGGGCCGCGCGUCCAGGGACACGGGCCGCUCCAGGUUCUGCACCGUGAUGUGACCGGCCGCGGGGAGCCGCCCGGGGGUCUCCUGCCCCACGCGGCCCUCCAAGCCGCGCCGGUGCCGCCGCCAGCCCCCACCCGUGUCCAGGGUGGCGUCCGGCCCGAGGCCAGCGUCGCCCCGGGCGCCCUGGCAACGACAGCCCAGUGCCCGCCGGGGGCCAGCCCCGGGGACUGCAGUGUCGCCGGGCAGGCUUUGUCUCUCAGCUGGGAAGAUGGAUUGUCUCUCACCGAGGUUCCUAAAUAAACGUCCUCUGCGUCCCUUC